CCGCUCUAAAUUUCUUAGUGUACAGUCGGAGCUCCGGAUUCAUUAACGGAGCCCCAGCUUAAUUAUUUCAUUUUCCCUCUCUUUUAGAUCUCUGUCCCAUUUUUUUUCUUUACUUUUUCCCAGAUCUCAUAGAAAACAAAAAUAUCACAAACAGAAAGGGAAAUAAUAUAAUCUUUUUCGAAAAUGUCGAAACCCUGGGGUGGCAUCGGCGCGUGGGCCGCCGAGGCCGAGCGAGAAGAAGCGGAGGAACGAGCAGCUGCCGAAGCCGCAGCCACUGCGGCAGCUGGUGCGCCCACGGCUGAAUCUCAGAGUUUCCCUAGCCUAAAAGAAGCCGUCAGCGCGAAACCCAAGAAGAAGAAAAUGACUCUCUCGGAGUUUAACAUGGGGACUUACUCGUCAUCCGGCGGGGGUGGACUUGGCAGUGCUAGGGUAACGGAAAACAAUAAGCUGACACCCGAAGAGAUGAUGCUCCUCCCUACCCGACCCAAAGAACGUUCCACCGAGGAAUUGCAGUUUGGCCAGCUCGGAGGUGGGUUUUCGUCCUACGGGAGGUCGGGUCCACCUGCGGGUCGGGUUAUGCGUGACCGUGAAGACAGCGAUGGAUCGUGGGGCUUCGGAAGGAGGCAGCAGGGGGGGUUUAAUGAAGAACGGCGGGGUCCGCCUUCUAGGGUUUCUGAUUACGAUCAACCGUCGCGUGCCGAUGAGGUGGACAAUUGGGCAAUUGCAAAAAAAGCAAGUCCUUCACUGGAUUCGGGCAGGCAAAAUCGAUACGGUGGGCUUGGAACUGGAGGAGGUGGUGGAUUCUCUAAGGCCGAUGAGGCUGAUAAUUGGACGGCUCUAAAACGGUCAAUUCCAUCUCGAUCUUCGACGUUUGGUUCAGGUUUCCGUGACUCGGGACCAGAGCCUGAUAGAUGGUCCCGAGGUGGGGGUGGAGGUGGAAUCAGAGAGGAAAGGCCUAGAUUAGUUUUGGAUCCACUGCGAGGGGAUGUGAAUGAGCUUGUGGUUAAGACAAAUAAGUCGAAUCCUUUUGGGGCAGCGAGGCCCAGGGAAGAGGUGCUAGCGGAGAAAGGAUUGGAUUGGAAGAAGCUGGACUCUGAAAUUGAAGCAAAGAAGGAAACUAGUAGGCCUACCAGCGCCCACUCCAGCAGGCCAUCGAGUGGACAAUCUAGCAGGUCCGAAGGUCCCCUGCAGCAAGCGAUUGAAAAUGUGGUCAAGCCGAGGCCUAAGGUCAAUCCGUUUGGUGAUGCUAAGCCUAGAGAAGUUUUGCUGGAAGGGCGAGGUCAGGACUGGCGGAAGAUUGAUCUUGAAUUAGACCGUCGCAGGAUAGACAGGCCAGAAACAGAAGAGGAAAAGAUAUUGAAAGAAGAAAUAGAUAAUUUAAAGAAGGAGCUUGAGAAAGAUUUGACCCCAAAUUCGGAAUCUGGGGACCAACACUCUUUACAUGAAAGGCUUCUUCACAAGGAAAGGGAAUUAGAGAUGCUGAUCUUAGAUUUGGAAAACAAAGCUAGAUUUGGGCAGAAAGUUGUUGAAAGGCCUGGUUCUGGAGCUGGAAGGACUGGCAGCUUCACGGAUAGACCUCCUUCUCAAUCUGGAUCCAUUGAUGGCUCUAGAAGUGUGGAGUUCAUGGAUAGGCCCAGAUCUCGUGGUACUGCUGAUGCAUGGACAAGGCCAGGUGAUGACCGAAGAGGAUUUCAAGCUGGCAGGGAUAGAGGAUUUGUAGGAAACAGAGAUAUGGACAGGCCAAGAUCAAGGGAGAGAUGGUGAACCGCCAUUGUCAUUGUUUUGUUGAACUCUGACAACAUGGACCAAUAAUAUUUUGCCACCUCUCUUCUUUUCCUACUGUUCUUUUGCUCUGGUAAAGUGGAGCAAAGGAUUCUUAGAAACAGGGAGCUAUGCAUUAAAUCUUCAUACCAUAUGUAAUAUGGCCACUCAGCCCAUCAUUCUUUUUAUUUUUAAUUUCUAAAGCAAGGAGCCUGUAUUUGGUAGGACUCAAAUUUUGUUUAAGAAACAAUGUGGGAUUCACCAGUUUAUUUUUAAUAUUCCAUUGGAAUGUUAUAGAGAUAAUGUAGUGUAGAGGUUGGUGAAUUUCGUUCGGGUGGAUUUGGUGUGACAUGAUUGAGAUGGAUCCUUUCUUAAUA